AACUUGAGAACGGAAAAUAACAAAUUUUCUCUCUGAAGCCGCUGGACGUCGCCGCUGUUAGCUCCGUAGCUUGAGCUCUGUAAGUAUCUCUGAAGCGUCGAGUUUAAAUGAAGUUUCUAGGUUGGUAUGUGAAGAUUGGGACAGUUUCGGCUUUGAUUGGAGCUUCCAUGGAAAUGUUCAUGAUUAAAACGGGCUUCUAUGAUAAAGUAACAGUUUUGGAAUCGGAGAAGAUAGCUUGGGAAAACUCGCCUGAGGCUCAAGCAAUUAGAGAAGCCCUUAAUCCUUGGAGGAAUCACGAUGCUGCUGAAGAGGCCAGGAAAGACACCUAAUGCUUCAACUGUUGACCGGAGUAGCUGCUUUGCAAGGUUGAGAACGAAAUUACAGGGGAGCAGGAGAUACGAGCUCAGGCUUUUAAGUUUCACCUAAUAAGAUGGGGUAUUUUAGAAAGCUGCUUCUUUAUGACAUUGGAGGUCUUCUUAUGAUUGAUUCCAUAUUAAAGUCGAAUGACAUCACCAAACCAAAGGUCUGAUAAUUCAAUUCAAUUAACAAUCUCUUAUGGUAGAAAUGACAGAUUUUCAUAUAGUCUGAUACCCAUAUUAGAGUUGAAUCAUAAUCCCAUAUUCAGGACUGUCAUUCUAAUUCAACUUAACUCAUCAUGCCUUCUGGAAUAUAGUCCUUAGGUUGUUA